AUGUUAGAUGUUAUUAUAGAAACUCCAAAAAUGGGAAAAAUGGGUCGUCGUCCUAAUGCUUUUCCAAAUGCAAAGUCGCGUGAAUUUUCUGUCAUUGCUGGAAAGCUAUGGAAAGAAUUAUCCGUUGCUGAGAAAAACAAAUAUAUCAUGUUAUCCGAAGAGAAAAAGAGAAAAGAAUGCAACUCGAAAAAUGAUUUACAAAAGAAAAAAGUUAAGCGCACCAAAUAA